CACAGUGCACGACUGGAACAUGAACACAACACUUAGAGGAACAGAAACGGAAGCUUCACUGAGCUUUAAACCGACUUCUCUGCACCGCCUUCAUUGAGGACCAUUUGCUGCCGGCAGGUUCGUGCGCUCCACACGGUGGAUGUGUGUGUGUGUGUGUGUGUGUGUGUGGUGCAGCUACAGCUGACGAUGAGGACCUUGCAGGACUACGACAGGAGCCGCUUGAGUUUGGAGAAGUGGUUCUACUCACAGAGUAACCCUUAAUAUACCCCGGGGGGAAGUUACAUCAUGCUUUGACUGUGACUUUUGACUGGAGAGUGAGAAAGAAAACGAGAAGCUCUUAGCUCGUCUUCAUAACCUGGACACAUAUACACUAAAAAACAGGUCCUUGUGAUUAGUGGAGAGACAGAGGCCUAGUAUCCCAACCACUGGUUUGUCCUGACUGGGCCAAGUGGCAUGAGUGUGGGAAAGACCCCUCGCUACAACGUCGUGUCAUCGUCGGAGGAGGACGUCCAUCACCACGGCAACAUGCCUGCCCUUGGCAAUGGCUUUGGAAAUGGUAAGAUCCAGACGCGGCGAAAGCCACGCAGCCGCUUCGUUAACAAAACCGGACAGUGUAACGUCAGCUUUUCGCACAUGGAAGAGCAAUCACAGCGCUACUUGGCCGACAUCUUCACGACCUGCGUGGACAUCCGUUGGCGCUGGAUGUUUUUUUUCUUCUCUCUCGCUUUCAUUCUGUCCUGGCUGGUGUUCGGUUUCAUUUUCUGGCUCAUUGCUCUUGUACAUGGUGACUUUGACAGAACCUCUAGUGAAGAGUUCAUACCCUGCAUCAUGCAGGUCAACAGUUUUGUGGCAGCUUUCUUGUUCUCAGUUGAGACACAGACCACGAUUGGGUACGGCUUCCGCUGUGUGACUGAAGAGUGUCCGCUGGCUGUAUUUAUGGUUGUCGUACAGUCUAUUUUGGGUUGUAUCAUUGAUGCGUUCAUGAUUGGUGCCAUCAUGGCCAAAAUGGCCCGACCCAAAAAACGUGCGCAGACGUUGUUAUUUUCGCACAACGCGGUCAUUGCGAUGCGAGAUGGAAAACUAUCGUUGAUGUGGCGUGUAGGAAACCUGCGCAAAAGUCACAUUGUGGAGGCGCAUGUCCGAGCACAGCUGAUCAAGCCCAGAGUGACAGAAGAGGGCGAGUACAUCCCACUUGACCAGAUCGACAUCAACGUUGGCUAUGACCAAGGCAUCGACCGUAUCUUCCUUGUUUCUCCUCUGACCAUAAUCCAUGAGAUAAACGAAGAGAGCCCACUGUUUGGAAUCAGCAAACAGGAUCUGAUCAGUGAAGACUUUGAGAUCGUGGUGAUCCUCGAGGGCAUGGUCGAGGCCACGGCGAUGACCGCUCAGGUGCGCAGCUCAUACCUGUCCAGCGAAAUCUUAUGGGGUCAUCGCUUCGAGCCAGUAGUGUUUGAGGAAAAAAACCACUACAAGGUAGACUUUACGCACUUCCACAAGACUUAUGAGGUGCCCUCUACACCAUCCUGCAGUGCCAAAGACAUUGAGGACAGCAAGUCAUUGCACUCCAGUGCUAACUUCUGUUACGAGAACGAGUUGGCGUUCAGCAGGGAGGAAGACGAGGAGGAAGGUAUAAGGGGAAUUUUGGGAACUGAGAUGGAAACCCUAUCAGCUAGCCUGAACUCUGACCAGAGAUCGCACCAUAAAGAGUCCGAGAUAUGAUCGCGGACAUAGCUGCCCCUUGAUAUUCAUCUCUAGAGAGUUUUAUUUUAACGUAGAUCCGGUCUGUCCCUUUAGAUUUGGCUUGAACUGACAGAUACGAAGCAAAGCAAGUGCCAAUAUGAACCACCGAACCUCGCUGACGUGGGCAGGUGUCGGUAUGUUCAUGACUGUUUCUGGAUGGCCUUCCUGUAGGAAAACUUGAAAUAGGAUUCCUUGUUUCAUGCUGUAGUUUGCUGUCAAAGCUUUAAUUGAUAUCGUAAUGCAAUACCAAGCUAUCCUGGGUGCCAAAAUCCAGUCAGACAUACGUACUGGUUGGUGCAUUCGGUCCCUGCUCUUGAUUUUGUAGAAUUCCCCCUGAAAAUAGAUCCUUCUUACACCAUCAUACACUCAUACAGAAUCACAAUCCCUUUUGUUCAGUGUGACUCGAAGCAAUAAAAUGAUCCCUAAUAUAUUUUUAAAAAAAUAGUUGUAUGUUGUAGCGCUUCAACCACUCACCAACAUUUUGGUUAAACAAAAGUGAUUUUAAAUCAUUUUUUUUUGUCAACAUCAACACUAGAAAUCAUUGACCUGACGUUCAUUUAAAGAAAACAAGAUGGCACCCAGGCUAGCAGAUAGCUAGAUAACAUAGUGUCUUAUAUCUUCUGUGUGUAGAUUAAUCUGUGUGUGUGUAUACUGUAUGUGUGUGUUUUAAAAAUCAGCAUUUUUCUAGAAACAGUUUACCUUCCACACACACAGACGACACAUCCAGCUUCAAAC